AUGAUACAGAGCCUUACGAGGGAUGGUUUCUCUCCUCCACUGAUAGGCUUUGCGAGUCAUCAUCAGCAGGCUCCAACAACAACAUUUACUCAUCAACAACAGCAGCAACAACAUCAACAGAUUCAUCACUUAAUUAUGAACAAUAAUUAUUCUAGUAAUAAUAAUACAAUGAAUAACAGCAAGGGAACUUUGACAAAAUCGUCGAAUAGUGUGGUUGAAUUGAGAGGAUCUUUUGAGAGUAUUAAACGGAUAGCUGGUCAUAGAGAGGUUAGAUUUAUGGAAAGUCAGGAACAACCUCUAUCUAGGUUACGACAAUCCUAUGAAAAGUACAAGUCAACGGAUUCCUUAGUAAUUGAUAUGUCUUUGGUUGGAGAGGAUUGCGAAAGCUCUCGAUCAUCACCAUCAACAUCUGAAAGGCAUGGAGACUCUACCUUUUCUCCUUCAACAACCAAUCCUCCAACCUCAGGCAACUUCUUUCAUGGUAGUUCAAAAACACAAACAUCAUCAGAAUUUUCUACAAUUAAUACAAACUUUCACGAUUACAGUGCUGGAUCCGAGCAAUCAUCAUUUGAAUUCAUAUUUGAUUUGGAAAAUGAAGCAGAAGAAAAACUGAAAACAGUACUUGAUGAAUUGGAUGAAAAGUUAUAUGGUUUCUCGCCCUCCAACAAACAGGCAUCACCCAAGACAAAACCAUCAUCAACAACUAAUAGAAAUAAGAGGAAAAAUAGACUGAAAGAGAAUAAUACGGAACAGUUAACAAUGGAGAAAAUAGCCACUCAGUGGUCAACCAAGUUUCCACAUUUUCUUGUUUCUUCGACAGCGAUUGAGGGAGUGAGGCCUGAUUCCAGUUUUGAUGUAAUUCAUAAAAGUCAAGAACCAAUCAUUUCACCCUCAAAUACAAUGAGUCCUUUUGGAGGGCAAGUAGAAGAGGUGAUAGCAGAGGAUGGUGAUUAUGAGGAGACUCUGGUGAUGGAUAUUGCUCAGAAGAAAUUGCCACACCCUCUUGGAACUGACUCCUUUUUGAACAAAUCAACUCCCAAUUUCCGAGCUAACAAGAAGAAAACACCUAGAGAAACCCCACAGAGCCCUCAAUCCAUUCAGUUCGCAGAGAGGAUCAAGGUGCAGCUCAACAAGGGAUUCCCUCCAAUUGAAGCUCAAUCAGCUGUUUUCUAUGAAGCACAGUGGGAAGUUUUUGAUUCAAUAUGGAAAUCAGUUGUUCCAAAGAUCAUGUCUUGUUUUAAACAAUAUUUGAUUGAGGAAAAUGUGGAUAAGAAGAAGCGAGGAAAUGACAAAACUAAUGUAGAUGUUGUGUAUAUUAAUGAUAAUUACGGAAAUCAUGAUAAAUUAAUUGACGAGUUGGAAGAUAUAGAUGAGGGAGACUCUGAUCAAGAUAGAGCUUUCACCCCAUAUUCGGCAGUUUCAACUGCAAGCUCCUCAUCAUCAAAUUCGAGACAAAUACUCAAACUAGGCACUCCAACAGUAAGGGACCGACAAGAAAAACGUCAAGAAUUGAAUCAUGCAGUAUUAAUCAGCCCAUUUCAUCCAAAACCGAGAAGAAACAGCAGCUACUUUAACCUGGCUCCUAAUGGCAUGUUAAUUAAGGCACAUGAAAAACCUUCAAUGCCCCAAAUGCCACAAGAAAUAUUCUCUCGAGAAAACAGCUCUAGGAAUCUGGAAAUUCAACAACAGCAACAACAUCCUCAAAAACAAUUUCCAGUACGUCAUAACCAGCACUUUACAGGUGGCUUCAGACCUAAUCCAAAUAACCAACAACACAAUUCAAAUGUUGUUUCUACUUCAAAUAAUAAUCCUAAACCUUUGAUUCAAAAAAUCAAGGUUGACCAAUCGAGCGAUAGAGCUCAAACGGCAAUGCCUUCCUCCUUCAACAAACUCAUCAUUCUUGAGAAUGAUUCUAAAUCCAAUAAUCUUUCCAAACCUCAACCUACCAUUAUUACCUUCCAAAACAGUAGCAGACCCCAAACUCAAUCCCAAUUUGCCAAGAAGAAUCCUUCCUUAGCGAAUAUCUUUAACUCUGAUGUAAAUAAUGUCCAUAGAAUGGAGCAAUACGAUCAAGGAAUGAUAAGGAGAAAUGAGAUAUCAUCUCCCUCAGUUGGUAGCACAACAGUUACUUAUCAAAUGAAAAGAAAGCUCCCCAAACAAACAAAACCUCGAGAACCUGCAAAGAGGUAA